CAUAAAGGAACAGACAUUCCUGCCGUCCCUACAAAGCUUUUGUGUCCUUAACAUUGUGUAAAUAUUUCAUCGAAAUCCGAGCGGACUUCUCGAGUAGUUUAUGAGAUUAGCGAAAUGGUUUUUCGUGAUGUCAUAUAUCGAUGACGCUUCCGUGACAGACGUUCUCAAAGUGGUGGGCGGUUGAUGCUUCUCUGUUUUACCGCCGAUAUGCCAACUGACCUUGCUCCUUCCAAGAUGCCGCCUCGCAAUAGGCUUGCCAGACUUCGACCGCUUGCUCUCACUCAUUCUGUAUCAGACGUAGUAUCUUAGUGCUUAGGGCUUUGCGACUGUUCCAGUAUAAAUCACGAAAUAUCAUUUUGAAUAUUGUCAAAUCGAUAGCGGCACCCUGGACUAUAACGCAAUCGUCCUAUUUUCUUUGUUCUGUGCGUUUUUCUUUUAUGGGUUGGCAACAUCGUUUUGACAUAAUGUCUGACAUUUGAGAGGUUAAGGGGGGCUUACGGGGGUGUUUUCAUGUGUCAAAACAUAAAUAUUUUUUGGAGAAUCAUGAAUAAAACUACAAAAUGUACAUUAAAUGCUUGUUUUAUAUUAUGUAUCCUUAGUAUAGGAUAUGGAGAAAGAACUAAAGAUAAAAUGUAUGAAAGAAUCACAGGGGCUAGAGGGUGUUAUAGACGAUUGAAUGCUACACACCAGAUUGGUUGUUCCUCGGAGCGAGAUGGGUCAACAGGUGUAAUUUUCUAUGCAGAAACAACAGAAAAACUAGAUUUUAUACUACACAACGGUACUGCUCCACCGUACAUUCCUGUAAUGCCUGUGAAAAUACUAACUGCAGAUGUAAUUAGGAAACUCGUAGACAGUGGAAUAGUUUCAGGUUUAGUUGUCCAUGCGAAUAAUGAUACUUUAGAUUACUUUACACAUGAUUACCAGUGUCCAAAUCCACUAUCUAGCCUAGAUGGGACCUGUAAGAGGGAUUCCUUUUGGAACCCUCAUGGUACAGCGCAAUAUAAUUAUAUUCCUCAUCCUAACAAUGCGCACAAUUCUCAAUUUUCAUGUUUCUAUUAUAAAAACUCGUUAAGUGAAUGAGAGAAAAAAUGAAAUGAAAAUUAUCUGCAGCACCCUGUUCUCAUUAUUUUUCCGAGUUUAAUCUAGGACUCUGCAUUUUGGCGCAUUAAUUAUACUUUUGCUUUUGGGAAAUCAUCAUUUUGUGAGUCACCUGGUACAUUUUGGGAAAAACGGUCGGACAUGCCUUUUCAUCUAUAGCUGUACAAUACAGGGUGAUUCAGAAAUGAGAUAUUUUGUUCUAUAUGGAGGUGCAUUUGACAAAUAUUGUAUUCCACAGAUAAAUGAAGGGUAUCAAUGGUAUAAAUAUGUAUAAAUGAAACCCACAGAUUCUAGAUACGAUUUAUUUUUUCCAAGUUUCAUAGGAAUAUCAACAGCAGAAUUUUCCGGAAAACAGUCACUUAAAUUAAACAUUCAUUAUAAAAAGUAAGCAUCUAACAUUUCUUAAGCAUACGUUACAGAAUAAUAACUUAGGAAUCGGUUCGCUUAACCGGGCUUCACAGUAAAAAUUAACCCUUAUUUUUAAAUAUGUAUAUGUUUUUAAUUUCCAAUUUUUUCGAUUUCAUCCGAAUCUUCUGCAUCCAAGUAAUGGAUUUUUUUGUUGAAGUGCUUCUCGAUAGUCUUGCAGACGUUCAUAGCCUCCUCGGAGUCGACCACAUUUAUGGCGAUUCCAACUUUGCCAAAUCUUCCAGUACGUCCGAUUCUGGAACAAGCAAUAUCAAAAUCAGCGCUUUUUUUAAGCAACAACAUCCUCCUUUUCAAGUUAUUAGGGGAAUAUCUAAGUAGACUGUUUGAUCAUCCCAUUCUUCUGAAUAUGUUUGAUAUCUUGUGAAUCGCCCUGUAUAAUACCACUAUCUACUCGUAGUACUGUACUAUAAUUUAUUUAUUGUAUUUAUAUAUUUUUGAUGUUAAUUUUUGUUAAGUGCUAUAAUACAUACCUAUGCAAGUAUGUUUCGCAAUCCGCCUUUCCACUAGUAUCCACAGGCAGAUCGAAGUUAACUACGAUGGUAACCUGAUCCACGUCGAUUCCUCUCGCUAGUACGUUUGUAGUAAUGAGAACCUUCUCACGGCCUUCUCUGAACCGAUCAAGUACGCUAAUCAGUUGCUCGACAGUCAAAUCUCCCGAAAUAACGGCAACAGCAUGACCGUCUUUUGUCAUCCGUUCUGCCAACCAAGCUGCAGUUCGGCGGGUGUGACAGAAGAUUAUCGCUUGGCCUACACCGACGGUCCCAUAUAUGUUUGUCACGGCACUGUAUUUCUCUUGGUGGUUUGAACAUCUGAAAUGAUACAAUGACCAGUCCUAUCUUCCUUUGAUGUGUUUGUAGCGUUUCGUUUUUUGUAGGCAAAUGAAAUUUUCUGAAUAAAAGAGCUUUUAGCAAGUACAAAAUGAAUCUGUAGCAUACAAAAUAUGGCUCUGUCUACCAGGCAUUGACGGAUCCGGCUGUGCCGAUAUGGGGAAUUUUUAGAUGUUACUGGAUAAUCGGCUGUCAUUCUACCGUGCACUAAACGUACCCAGAACAUCUUUACAGCGGAUUUUAAGGAAAGAUUUACGUCUGCACGCUUACAAAAUUCAGUUAGUGCAGGAAUUAAAAGAUAAUGACGUUAUUCAGAGACUAAACUUUGCGAAUGAAAUGUUGAAUCGAUUUUCUUCGCUCAAUAAUGUGUUGUUCUCGGACGAGGCUCACUUCCAUUUAAACGGGCAUGUAAAUAAACAAAAUUGCCGUUAUUGGAGCCCCGAAAAUCCAAGGCGUAAGCAUCAGAAGCCCUUACACAGCCCUAAAGUUACAGUUUGGGCUGCUAUGUCAGCGCAUGGCAUUGUAGGUCCUUAUUUUUUGAGGACCACAGAGGUCGCGCAUUAACUGUUACUUCGGAGCGGUAUGUAGCAAUGAUAGAAGAGGUUUUGACACCAGCGUUGCAGAAUUUUCCAGGCUAUAAUACGCAGACCUGGUUUCAACAGGACGGAGCAACUGCCCACACCUCCAACACUUCUAUGCCCGUCGUCUGUCAACUUUUUCCCAGCAAAUUAAUUUCUCGAAGAGGAUACAUUUCCUGGCCACCACGUAGUCCAGAUUUGACCCCAAUGGACUUCUUUUUAUGGGGCUACCUCAAGAGUAAAGUGUACGACACCACUCCGCGAUCAGUUGAUGUCCUGAAAGAAAAUAUCCGAAGAGAAAUGGCAAGCAUUACAGUGUUGACUUGCCGCCCAGUCAUCGACAAUUUUAGACGUCGUUUAUAUGAGUGCCGUGAUCGUAAUGGAUUGCAUUUAGACAAUGUGAUUUU